GACAUGAAAAUAUUGUUGUUGGUGCUGAGGGCUGCGGCAGGAGGCGGACAGUCAGGCGGAGAUCUCCUGCGGUUGAUCUGAGGGGACAGUUUUGUUUUAUUUUUGCGUUUUUUGGGCACAUACGCAGCUUGGCGUUGCGGGGGACGCAGCCAUGUCGGUGAAUAUGGACGAACUCCGGCAUCAAGUGAUGAUCAACCAGUUUGUUUUGACGGCGGGCUGCGCCGCGGAUCAGGCGAAGCAGCUCCUGCAGGCGGCCCACUGGCAGUUUGAGACGGCGUUAAGCUCCUUCUUCCAGGAGGCCAACAUCCCCGGACACCACCAGAUGAUGUGCACCCCCAGGAACACCCCCGCCACGCCGCCCAACUUCCCGGACGCCAUCACCAUGUUCUCCAAGCUGCGGGCUUCGGAGUGCGGUGCCAGCAGCGGCCCCCCCUCGCAGGCGUCCAUGGCGUGCUCCCCCCCGGCCUCCUCAUCUUCAGCGGGCUUCAGCUCCUUCUGGGCCUCCUCGCCCCCCGGCCACCAGCCGUCCUGGCUGCCCCCGUCGUCCCCCACGGGCCACCACCUGCACCACCACUUCCACCACAUGCAACAGACUCCGCUGUGGCCCCCCGUGACUCAGCCCGCCGGCCCCCAGCAGCCCGCCGUCGUCUCUGCGCUCCACGCUCAGAGAUGAGGCUGACAAGAGGGGCGGCGGGGGUGGGACGGUCUUGAUGUACAGAAGAACAUGGAGGAGGGGGGACUUUCCUGCACCCCCGAGACUAUCAGCACUUAGACAAGCCCCUCCCCCACGUCUGUGCUUCACUUUUCCUGCUGCGGCACGUCGGACAGGAAGUCCGUCAGCAGUGGAGCGUCGGUGGAGCUCAGAACUUCCUGUUUGUCUCCACCUGGAACUUCUGAGGGUUUUUUUUGUUUCUUUUCCAGCUGUUCUUCCGGUUCUGACCCGAUAAUCCCGGUGAAGACCGGAACGGCUCGUGACGUUUGCAAUAAAGUGAUGGAGCUCCUGUAGGUUUGGAUGAGUCGGAGUGAACGGAACCAUAAAGUCCUCAGCAGAAUCCCACCUGGGCACGCUCUGGCGACGCCCUCAGCCACUCCUACCUCCGAGGCUCCGCCCUCGAGAACGUUUUCCUUCAGUCAAAGAUGUUGGUUUAUGAUCUGCUCACGGGUCCUUUCAGAUCAGUCAUUAUCUACCUGGUAAGGGGGGUGGGGUACACCUGGUCAGGUGAUCUGCACCAGCAGUUUGUGGUUCCAGAGGGGGAGCCUUGCUGGGGGGGUCAGAGGUCAGGAGUGGAUCCUCUGUCUUUACCUCAGCGGUUCUGAGCAGCUUUGAGGAGUGGAUCCUCCAUCGUCUGCAGUCCUCAGCCCCCCCGGACCCCCCAGUCCACCUCUGAAGGUUUCUGUUCUGCUGAAAUCUGUAUUUAUACGUUUAAUAAAGAGUUCCAGCUUCA